AUGGGGGUGGACUAUGCCGGCCCAUUCCCUAUUCUCAAAUGGCGACCCACAAAUGCCCAACUAUCUAGCGUUCAUAUUGCAGUAUUUGUCUGUUUCACUACAUCAGCAGUCCAUUUAGAGCUCGUUUCCAGGCAGACAACAGACGCAUUCAUCGGAGCCUACAAGAGUUUGACCGGAAGGACAGGCAUCUCCGAGGUUAUGUACAGUGAUAACCCAGCCACGUUCGUUGGCGCCUCAACAGUCCUCAACAAGCUAUACAACCAGCCAUCCAGAAAGAAUCAACAGAUCCAGGCUGCUCUCGCCCCCAACGGUACUCAAUGGAGCUUUUCACCACCGAGAGCACCCCAUUUCGGUGGCAAAUGGGAGGCAGCUAUCAAAUCAACGAAAUAUCAUCUCAAAAGAGAACUUGGGUCGACAACAUUCACCUACGAGGAACUCAACAGCAUCCUGAUCCAGAUAGAGCCCUGCCUCAACUCCAGGCCAAUCACACCGAUGUCAGAUGACCCAGAAGACCUCCAAGCACUCACCCCAUGUCCAAACAGUGUCUUCAAAGGUACCAAGCUAUCUACAAGUGGAAUCAACGGCGAGAGAACAUCAAAGUUGGAGGCAUGGUCUUGA